UAAUCCUUUCAAAAGAAAAAAAGCAAGAUAUCAAAGGGGACUAUAAAUAGACAAUUAUAUUUGUGGUGCACAAAUAUAAUUAGUUGUAGGAGUAAUACACCCAUAAAAUGGAAGGUACUCGUAGUUGGUAUACCCAAGCAAAGCCAUUUUUAGCGGUCAUAUUUCUUCAAUUUGGGCUAGCAGGAAUGGAUAUUCUUUCAAAACUUGCUCUCACAAAUGGAAUGAGUAACUAUGUUCUUGUUGUGUACCGUCAUGCAGUUGCUACUAUCGUCAUAGCUCCCUUUGCUCUUCUUCUUGACAAGAAAGUGAGGCCUAAGAUGACUGUAUCAAUUUUUAUCAAGUUGUUACUUCUAAGUUUACUUGAGCCUGUUAUUGAUCAAAACCUUUAUUAUUUGGGAAUGAAGUACACGUCAGCAACUUUUGCUGCCACUAUGGUCAACAUUCUUCCAGCAAUAACAUUUGUAAUGGCAUGGAUUCUAAGGCUAGAAAAGAUGAAGUGUAGAAGCAUAAGAAGUCAAGCAAAAAUAAUAGGAACAGUGGCCACGGUGGGUGGUGCAAUGAUGAUGACAUUGUUAAAAGGACCUGCCCUAACAUUUAUGUCCAAACAUGGAGUUUCUGAUCAUCAUGGUGCUAAACAACUUGAUGUUAGUGUCCAUGAUGCCAUUAAAGGUUCCAUUAUGAUCACUAUUGGUUGCUUUAGCUGGGCUGCUUUUGUCAUUCUUCAGGCAAUAACUCUGAAGUCAUACCCUGUAGAGUUGUCGCUUACAGCAUGGAUAUGUUUAUUAGGAACACUUGAGGGUACUGCAGUGGCCAUUGUUAUGGAGAAGGGAAGAUCAUCUGUUUGGGCUCUUGGAUGGGACACCAAUUUAUUAACUGCUGUCUACAGUGGAGUGUUUUGUUCAGGGUUGUUGUAUUUCAUUCAAGGGGUUGUUAUGAAAGAAAGAGGGCCAGUGUUUGUGACUGCAUUUAAUCCCUUAUGCAUGGUCAUUGUUGCUGCUUUGAGCACCUUUUUCAUGGCCGAAAAGAUGUAUCUCGGAAGGGUAUUUGGUGCAAUUGUGAUUGUCGUAGGAUUGUACAUGGUUAUUUGGGGAAAAGGCAAAGAUUAUUACACAAAUACACCAUUGGAUGAAGAAAAUGCAGCAUCCACACAAUUACAAUGUCAGCAUCAUCUAGAAAUAGAGAAGAAUAAAUCUAAUUUUCAAAAUAUCCACAUUAAUCAUAAUCAUAAUUAUGAUCAUAAUCAUAAUAAUAAUGAUGUAUAGCAAAUUAUUGAUGGUGUAAGAUAAUUGUUAAUGAUUUUGGUAAUUGCUGAUUAACAGGCAAAAUUAACCAAUCAAUUUUCAUUUUUCUAAUGGGAACUUUAAAAUUUUCA